AUGUUUGCGAGGCUUUCGGGUCAGGUUGUGAAAAAACCUAUGAAACAAUGGGUUAAUGCUUUUAUGCAGGCCCGAGGUGUUUCAGGUACUGCCGGUGCUCCUCAGUCGGUUCGUAUUUCUAUAAAUACAAAAAAAGCCAUUGCUGCCACAGCGGCUGUAGCAUCAACUGCAGCAGUAGGUUUGGGUGUUUAUUUUUAUGCCAAUCCUAUUCAUGCCAAUAUGGAAGAAGAAGGUCUUCAUCCACCCGCAUAUCCUUGGUCUCAUCGCAGUCUAUUUGGUACCUUUGAUCAUGCCAGCAUUCGACGUGGUUAUCAAGUGUAUAGGGAAGUUUGUUCCGCAUGUCAUUCACUCGAUCGUAUCGCGUGGCGUAAUUUAGUGGACGUGUCACAUACGGAAGAUGAAGCGAGAACGAUGGCCGAAGAAUUCGAAUAUAAGGAUGGACCAAAUGAAAUUGGGGAAUACUUCGAAAGGCCCGGAAAGCUGUCUGAUUAUAUGCCGCGUCCCUAUCCUAAUGAUGAAGCUGCUCGCGCAGGUAAUGGUGGAGCUCUUCCACCAGAUCUUUCUUUGAUGGUUAAAGCCCGUCAUGGUGGUUGUGAUUAUAUCUUUGCUCUUUUGACCGGAUACGUCGAUCCUCCUGCUGGUGUUGAAAUUCGUGAAGGUUUAAAUUAUAAUCCUUAUUUUCCUGGUGGUUCUAUCGCUAUGGCUAGACUUUUAUAUGAUGGCAUAGUUGACUAUGAUGAUGGUACUCCUGCGACGACAUCUCAAAUGGCCAAGGACGUUACAACGUUCCUUGCUUGGGCCGCAGAACCCGAACAUGAUGAACAUUUACAGUUCUUAAAUCAAGAAAAAUUGUGUACGUAUUAA